UCUCUAGUUUCAGGGUGACUCCAGAACAUGAAGUCAUAGAAUUUCUAGAACACUUCUAGAAUCUGAUUUCUCUUUCCAAAUUCAUUUUACGAAAUCAAGAAGUCAAGAUGGGUGUCGAACACUCAAAACACGAAAAUUCAACUCGACCUCCACCUUAUACAACAACCUCCAGAUCCACACUUCCAGCAGCGAAGUUACGACAAUAUCCAGAGAUUCGAGCGACCGACGUCCCGGAUUGGAAAUGGAACAACACCCAGUGCCAAGAAUGGCUAACAAUUGCGAUCAUGGAAUUUUGCGGCAGAAAUGAACAAGUGGCACAACGCAAGGCACGAGAAUUUCUGAGGGGAGGUUUCGCGCCAAUGCUCUAUGCUGCAUCGUACAGAGUGUGGCAGUCAUAUCUCGGACGUCAAGAUGCGCCGGCUAUCUACUCAUAUUUGAUGGCGCAUAAAUCUGCAGCGGUGCCAUCUGGGACAUAUUUGACGACAUAUGCGAUACCGACAAAGGAUGGCUAUUAUUCGUGAAAUACACUAUAGAGAUACGGAACAUGUUUGAGAGUCAAAAAAGACGUUAUCAUAGAACUUUCUUGAAUACAAUCUAGACAGUAUCUAGCAAACUGCUUGAAAUUGAGCAUCGGAUAUCUUUCAAACGAGUGAGAAGCACCAAAAAAGGUGUGCCGGGUCUCCCAAGCCAUGUUGUGCAUCUGGGAAUCAACGCAUGCCAAAAGUAUUCUAGCCCAACCACUUCUUGGAUGAUUCUUCAAACUUCUGAGGAACUUCACCUUCCAACCAUGCAAAUCAAUCAGACUGUGUAUUUGUGGAGUGACAUAGUAGUUGCUGGUCACUUUCACUUAAUCCGGCUGGCUCUCGGAUGCUGAAAGGGAUCGCAUGUCCUCCAAUCUUGUUCACACCGCCAUACAGUAUAAUGAUGUGAUGUGAUGUGCCAGCGUGUAGCAGAAACACGG